UCUCCUUUCGCCGGCCGCUGCGCUUCGCGGCGCGGAAUAGAAUGAACUGUAACAAAACAAGCCAAGCCUUUGUAUCUGCUUAAAGGGGCCGCGGACACUUCCCUCCUGUCCCCCUCCAUCCCCGCCCAGCAACCGCGUCUGCAGGGCUCCCAGCAACUGGCUGGAAGGGCUUCCCUCACCCUCAGGGACAGCCCACCAGCGAGGAGAGGCGAGCCAGGCGGGAGGCAAAGAGGCGACACUACAUUUCUAAAAGGCAAGAAAGAAAGGAAGGAAAAAAAUAACCCAAGCGGCGCAGAGUGGACUCUGGUCCGGGAGAGCACGGUCGGGCGCCGGAACGUGGACCGAGAGGCACCGGAAUGCAAACAAAGCUCGGGGGCGCCUGUGCAUGGCUCGCGGGGAAGCCCAGAAAGUUUGUUUUAUGAUGGCUUGAGUGCGCUAGUGUGUGCAGGGGAGCGCGGCUGCCAAGUUUCUCUCUCCUGUUUUGUUAUUUGGGGACAGAUGUUUCUCCCAUGAACCAGCGGAGGCUCGGGGGCUUGUGCUGUGGGGGGCACCUGUCUCUCAUUUAAUUAUUAUUUUUGGAGGGGGGGUGUAACUCAUCAUGUCGAAAGUGAUCCAGAAGAAGAACCACUGGACUAGCAGGGUUCACGAAUGCACCGUGAGGCGGGGACCCCAGGGCGAGCUGGGGGUGACGGUGCUGGGGGGUGCGGAGAACGGGGAGUUUCCGUAUGUCCGAGCGGUGGCUACGGUCGAGGCGGCGGGGCUUCCCGGCGGCGGCGAGGGCCAGCGACUGGGCGAGGGGGAGCUGCUUCUGGAGGUGCAGGGGAUCCGGGUGUCCGGCUUGCCCCUCUAUGAUGUGCUGGGAGUCAUCGACAGCUGCAAGGAGGCCGUCACCUUCAAGGCCGUCAGACAAGGAGGGAGGCUGAACAAGGACCUGCGACAUUUUCUCAGUCAGCGCUUCCAGAAAGGGUCUUCUGAUCAUGAGCUCCAGCAGACCAUAAGGGAUAACCUUUACCGCCAUGCUGUGCCUUGCACGACGCGAUCUCCAAGAGAAGGAGAAGUGCCUGGCGUGGACUAUAACUUUCUGACUGUGAAGGAGUUCUUGGACCUUGAGCAAAGCGGCACUCUUCUCGAAGUCGGGACCUAUGAAGGAAACUAUUAUGGGACACCCAAACCUCCUAGCCAGCCAGCCAGUGGAAAAGUGAUCACAACGAAUGCCUUGCAAAGCCUUCAGUCUGGCUCCAAGCAGUCGACACCGAAGCGAACCAAGUCCUACAAUGAUAUGCAAAAUGCUGGCAUAGUCCACGCGGAGAAUGAGGAGGAGGAUGUUCCUGAAAUGAACAGUAGCUUUACAGCAGCCGAUUCCGGUGACCAAGACGAGCACACUCUCCUAGAAACAACACUACCACCUGUGAAUAGUAGCAUCAUCGCUGCUCCCAUCACGGACCCUUCUCAGAAGUUCCCUCAAUACCUACCUCUUUCUGCAGAGGAUAAUUUAGGUCCUCUACCUGAGAACUGGGAGAUGGCCUAUACCGAAAAUGGAGAAGUCUAUUUUAUAGACCAUAACACAAAAACAACAUCCUGGUUAGACCCUCGGUGCCUGAACAAGCAGCAAAAGCCUCUGGAAGAGUGUGAAGAUGAUGAAGAAGGGGUACACACCGAGGAGCUGGACAGUGAACUAGAACUCCCUGCUGGUUGGGAAAAGAUUGAAGAUCCUGUCUAUGGUAUCUACUAUGUAGACCACAUCAACAGGAAGACGCAAUAUGAGAACCCAGUUCUAGAAGCCAAACGGAAGAAGCAGCUUGAGCAGCAGCAGCAGCAGCAGCAGCAGCAGCAGACAGAAGAAUGGACAGAAGAGCAUUCAUCCCUUGUGCCUCCUGUUAUUCCAAACCACCCCCCAAGCAAUCCAGAGCCAGCCAGAGAACCUUCACUUCAGGGCAAACCCUUUUUUACACGAAACCCUUCUGAAUUGAAAGGCAAGUUCAUUCACACAAAGCUGCGGAAAAGCAGUCGUGGCUUUGGCUUCACAGUAGUCGGAGGGGAUGAACCUGAUGAAUUUCUGCAGAUCAAAAGCUUGGUCCUAGAUGGCCCUGCUGCGUUGGACGGCAAGAUGGAAACAGGGGAUGUAAUUGUCAGCGUGAAUGACACCUGUGUUUUGGGACAUACACAUGCUCAAGUUGUGAAAAUCUUCCAGUCCAUUCCCAUUGGUGCCAGUGUGAACCUUGAACUCUGCCGUGGUUAUCCGUUGCCUUUUGACCCAGAUGACCCCAAUACCAGUUUAGUGACCUCGGUAGCCAUUUUGGAUAAAGAACCGAUUAUUGUGAAUGGACAAGAGACGUAUGAUUCGCCAGCUAGCCACAGUAGUAAGACAGGCAAAGCCAAUGGCACAAAGGACGCAAGGCCGAGCAGCCCUGCUGACGUGGGUUCAAAUGGUUCCCAUGGUUAUCCCAAUGACACUGUCUCUUUGGCAUCCUCCAUAGCCACUCAGCCGGAACUCAUAACUGUUCAUAUAGUCAAAGGGCCGAUGGGCUUUGGUUUUACUAUCGCAGACAGUCCUGGUGGCGGUGGCCAAAGAGUGAAACAGAUUGUCGACAGUCCAAGAUGCCGAGGCCUGAAAGAAGGGGAUCUUAUAGUGGAAGUGAAUAAAAAGAACGUGCAGACUCUAACUCACAACCAAGUGGUGGAUAUGCUGAUCGAGUGUCCUAAGGGAAGUGAGGUCACGCUAUUGGUGCAACGAGGAGGGCUGCCAGUCCCCAAGAAGAGCCCAAAGUCGCAACCACUGGAAAGGAAAGACAGCCAGAAUAGUUCUCAGCACAGUGUUUCCAGCCACCGAAGCCUGCACACAGCAUCCCCAAGCCACAGCACACAGGUGCUCCCCGGGUACCCACCUGCAGAGGCCCCAACUGCAGAUCAGACUGACAGCUCUGGGCAGAAAAAACCAGAUCCUUUUAAAAUCUGGGCCCAGUCUAGGAGCAUGUACGAGAACCGACCUAUGUCACCUUCGCCUGCGUCGGGAUUGAGCAAGGGUGAAAGAGAGAGAGAAAUCAAUUCUACAAGUUUUGGAGAAUGUCAGAUUCCAGAUUACCAGGAACAAGACAUCUUCCUCUGGAGAAAAGAGACUGGAUUUGGAUUUAGGAUUCUGGGUGGAAAUGAACCAGGGGAACCUAUUUAUAUUGGUCACAUCGUGCCACUGGGUGCUGCUGAUACGGAUGGCCGCCUGAGGUCUGGAGAUGAAUUAAUCUGCGUGGAUGGGACACCAGUAAUUGGAAAAUCACACCAGCUUGUGGUCCAGCUUAUGCAACAAGCUGCCAAGCAAGGUCACGUCAAUCUCACAGUGCGGCGUAAAGUGGUUUUUGCGGUGCCCAAAGCGGAGAACGAGGUGCCCUCGCCAGCCUCCUCUCACCACAGCAGCACGCAGCCCGCGUCGCUGACGGAGGAGAAGCGCACGCCGCAGGGCAGCCAGAACUCGCUCAACACCGUGAGCUCGGGCAGCGGCAGCACCAGCGGCAUCGGCAGCGGCGGCGGCGGGGGCAGCGGCGUGGUGAGCACCGUGGUGCAGCCCUACGACGUGGAGAUCCGCCGGGGCGAAAACGAGGGCUUCGGCUUCGUCAUCGUGUCCUCGGUGAGCAGGCCCGAAGCAGGCACGACCUUUGCAGGCAAUGCAUGUGUGGCUAUGCCUCACAAAAUAGGUCGGAUUAUUGAGGGGAGCCCUGCUGACCGCUGUGGCAAGCUGAAAGUAGGAGACCGGAUCUUGGCAGUAAAUGGAUGUUCCAUCACCAACAAAUCCCAUUCAGACAUUGUCAACCUAAUCAAAGAAGCGGGAAACACAGUUACCCUCCGCAUCAUUCCCGGGGAUGAGUCUUCGAAUGCUACCUUGCUAACCAAUGCAGAGAAGAUUGCUACUAUCACCACCACACACACUCCUUCUCAGCCAGGGGCCCAGGAGACCAGGAAUACCACCAAACCAAAGCAGGAACCUCAGUUUGAGUUCAAAGCAUCCCAGGCAACCCAGGAGCAAGAUUUUUAUACUGUGGAACUGGAAAGAGGAGCCAAGGGAUUUGGCUUUAGUCUUCGAGGGGGUCGAGAGUAUAACAUGGACCUUUAUGUUCUGCGCUUAGCAGAGGAUGGUCCUGCAGAAAGAUGUGGAAAGAUGAGGAUUGGUGAUGAAAUUUUAGAGAUCAAUGGUGAGACCACCAAAAACAUGAAGCAUUCUCGGGCUAUAGAACUGAUUAAGAACGGUGGCCGCAGAGUUCGUCUAUUCCUGAAGCGGGGAGACGGCUCAGUACCAGAAUAUGACCCCAGCAGCGACCGCAGCGGUCCCUCCGCCGGGCCACAAGGUGUUCCGGAAGUGAGGGCCGCGCCGGGCGGCCGCCGGCAACAGCAUCCAUCCCCGGAGUCCAGUUAUCCACCCGAUCUUCACAAAUCAUCACAGCAUGGGGAAAAGCGGGCACACGGGAAAGAUCCGAAGGGCAGCAGAGAGUAUAGUAGACAACCCAACCAACACCACACCUGGAAUGGAACUUCUCGCAAAGCCGACGCCGGGGCUUGCCGACCCAAGGAGCGGGCGCCCGAGGGGCGCAGGGACGCGCCGGCUGAGCGCACGGCCGCCAACGGGCCCAAGAGGCGGUCUCCGGAGAAGCGCAGGGAGGGCACCCGGAGCGCUGACAACACGCUGGAAAGGAGGGAGAAGCACGAGAAGAGAAGAGAGGUUUCUCCGGAGAGGAGGCGAGAGCGGUCCCCAACCCGCCGGAGGGACGGCUCUCCCAGCCGUCGGAGAAGGUCCCUCGAGAGACUCAUGGACCAGAGGUCUCCAGAGCGCAGGAGAGGCGGCUCGCCCGAGAGGAGGGCCAAGUCCACGGAUCGGAGGCGCACGCGGUCCCCAGAGCGCAGGAGAGAGCGGUCCCUGGACAAAAGGGGCCGAGAGGACAGAGCCAGCCACCGAGAGCGGGACGAUGCGAAUCUGAAGCUGGACGCCGGCAGAAGCUCCAGACAUGCCCCGGAGCAGAGGCGGCGGCCUUACAAAGAAUGCAGCACCGACCUCAGUAUAUGAGACCCUGAACCACAUUCCAGCCUUUACCGUGUCAAAGGUUCUAAGAGCAAGGUCACAAACUUGAGAUAAUUUAGUUUCUUACCUAAUGAAGUUAUCUGACACCUCAUGAUCCUAUGAAUAGCAACAAACAUUUUAUGCAUUUGAAAUCUUAUAAGAAAAAAAAUAUAUAUGAAAAGUGUUGUGCCUGAUGUAUAAUAUUAAAGAAAGUAUUUUUAAAUGCAUACUUUUUUGGAAAUUCUUUGCCAAAUGCUGGCCCAAAGGGAUAUAAAUUUUGUUUCUAUGUAAACUGUAGACUUCUCCAAAAUUGUUCCCUUUAGGGGGCAAACUUUUUCUCUCCUGGUUAAAUAAAUGGGGCUGUUGGUCCUUUUCUCUAAGUAAGGGAAAUUAUUAAGUUUAAGUAAUUUGAUAUAGACUGUUCUGUAGCUAUAUAGUAGUAUUCUGUAUAGUCAGGAGUUUUUCUUAAAAGCAAAGAGCAAAAAGGCAAAGUUCUGCUUGUAAAACCUGAGGACCCUUAGGGAUGAAUUAGGAUUGCCAGUGAUCCUAAAAUGGAGCAAACUGUAUGAGGAGACUACUAUUGCAAAUGAAGGAUAUUUAUAGCUAAACAAUGUAGCACAAAGAAAUUUUAUAUUCUUGAGUUAUAGUUGGUUCGGAAGACAGUUUGUACUCUCCCUGGCCCAAGAAGGCACAGAGACAAGAAAGUUGGCCACUAUUACCCAAAUACACUAGCCCCCAAGCACAGUCAGGUUCUUUAACAUGUCCAGCAUCUAGUAAGAUUUCACUUAAGGCUAUGCCAUUGCAGCUUUGCUCAACUCCUUAGAAGGGACAGACAACAAACAUCUUGUGUGUUGUCUAAUUUGAGGCUGAAUAGUAGAUGGCCGGUAUUGAAAGUAAGUUCCCCCUUCCUAGCAUAAGCCCACGGUUGCCCUCUGCCAGCUGGAGAGGAGGGAGUGAGCCUUGGUAGAGGGAACCUCUCUGCUAGUAUUUAAAGAAGUGAGGGUUGGAGGUGCUCAUUCUUAGAAAAAUGCUAAUUUCACUUUGAAAUCAUAAUCAAAGUCUCUAAGCUUGAUGGAAGGGAAGGAAGCAAUCCCAGUGGUUCUGGAUCUGGUUGGGAAACUUCUGCCUCUUGACUCUGUCUUUUGAGUCUUUGGACAGCAGUAUAAAACAUAACCAGUUUUCUUUUUUAAUAAAGACCAAUUCUUUCUGAUCCCGAAGGAGGUGUGGUUGGGUCGGCCGUAGCCCCGGGAUGUGGUUUAAAUGGAUUACUGCCUAGCUGAGCCAAAACGUUUGCUUGUACCUGUUGGACCACUACAGCAAACUGCUGCUUACAGUGCAUUGUGUAUUUCCAUAGUACUGUUGCGCAUUUUCCAUACAGACACAAAACUUUGCAAGUCAAUCACUGUUGUUCCCACGGUACUGUUAAAAAAAGAAGAAAGAAAAAAAAAAAAGAAAAAGCCAGCCAAUCAUUGUGUGUACAGAGUUAAAAAUUGUAACUAACACAGAGCCUGUCAAAAACAAAACAAAAAAACAACUGUUGCCUUUUUUCCUUGUAUAAAAGAGAAUUUAUGACAAAAUUUUAGUUGUGAGGAAUGUGAUAUGUGUUUAUAUUUCUGAAUAUGGAACAAAUUGAUUCAUGGGGAUAUAUUUUAAUGUAAACUAAAUCAGGUAUGUAAAGUUGUUUUAAAAUGGGAGACUAUAUAAGUAAUUCUCUAAAGCUUUAGUUGGUUUGAAUAUCAUCCUUUCCUCCACGGUGAGCCUGCUUGUGAAUUAUUAAGCACCUGUUUGCAUUCUGUGUUCUUCUCUCAUUCAUUUCUUACAGUGUGCUAAUGCUCUUUCUGUAUUGAUGAAAAGCAGUAUGUGGGCCAAUCUUUUUAUAAAACACUAUGCAUAUAUAAAUAUUACAUUGUUCAUAGCUUUAUUUGACUUAUGGGUUUAUACGUAACAUUAGAAUGAGUAGCUAUAGUUGUACGGACAUUUAUAAAACAAGCUUCUUUCCUAGAACAGACACAGUGUACGUUCUGUAGCUAAAAAGGAGGGGAAAAAAUUCUGUGAAUGCUAUUUUUAUUAUUAAAGUUUUCCAUCCAAAGCAUACGUGGAGCUGUAGUAGUAAGGCCAAGGAAGAGUACAACUGAAUAACGAUGUUCUUUUUCAUCAAAUACCUAAGAGCCAACUUGGAGAUUUUAUUCCUAAGGCUCCACUGCUAGGAUAUUUCUCAUUAGUUCUAGCAAAAUCUGUGAUGUUAAAUGAUUGAUGCUCUCAUUUGUGGUCCAGAGUUUUAAAUAAAUGCAAUCAAAGUGGGUCUUUGGAGUGCAUCCUGAAGUUAACAUCGCAAUGUCUAUCUUGUAAGAAAUGAUAUUUGACCUUUUAAAAUCCAUAUUCUACCCACCUGGGCUUGUCUCAGCCCGUGAAGACGUUUGACUUGGCAGUUUGCACCUGAAUUCCACACGUCAGGUUUGCUUUGGAAGCAUUGUACUGUACAGGGACUGUGCAUUAAGCAGAAAGAUACAGUCUUCUUUGAACUACUGUAACCUUAAGUUGGAAACUGUUUCUUGUGAGCCUAUUUUCCUUGCCCUCCCCACUUCAUGUAAAUGUCUUGAUGAGAGAUGAUGAAUGAGUAUUUUGUAUGAUUAAAUCAAACCAUUUAGAAAUUCCCCUCCAUGACACAGUUGAUGCCUGAAAGAAUGUUGGGGGGAGGACUAAACCCUACUUGUAUUUUUUAAGUUUCUUUUGUGAAAGAUUUUUUAAUGCAUUUUUACUGUAAAAAUACAUGGAAAUGUAUGCAUUCCAUAACCAC